GCAUGCUUACUUGUCCCGUGACUGUCAAAGAGGAAGCUUCGGGGUCAUUCAUCUGCUACAGUAUAGUUAUUUACCUUAGCAAAAAAUACCACUAAGACUCCAGAUUGCCUCCUGAAGACUCGCAACGUGUUAUUGUUAUAUUUGUCUGAUAUGGCUGGACGAGGUAAGCUGAUCUCUGUGAUUGGGGAUGAGGACACCUGCACUGGGUUUUUGCUUGGAGGAAUCGGGGAGCUGAAUAAGAAUCGCAAGUCCAAUUUUCUGGUGAUUGAGAAAGAUACCAGCGUUACGGAGAUAGAAGAAACCUUCAAGGGUUUCCUGGCCCGUGAUGAUAUUGGAAUCAUUCUGAUAAACCAGUUCAUUGCAGAGAUGAUCCGGCAUGCCAUUGAUGCCCACGUACAAUCAAUCCCAGCUGUACUAGAGAUCCCGUCCAAGGAGCAUCCCUAUGAUGCCUCCAAAGACUCCAUCCUACGCAGGGCUAAGGGCAUGUUCUCUGCUGAGGACUUCCGAUAAACCCACAAGAAGCACUACAGCAGGCUGGGCAGGACUAGUUUAAGUAAAGCAGGAUUGAGGAGGAGAAACAGUAGCUAUGUUAGCCAUUUGCCUAUUUAUCUCUUCCAGGUGUCAUUCCAUACAAGGGUAACUAGGAAUUUGGUAUGGGGUGGAGGUUGACAUUUCAGCAUAAUUUAUAUCAAAGACCCAUGUUGUAAUUUUCUUUUUCAAAGUCUAGAUCUUAAUGCAUGCUACAGACGGGUGAUCCUUAAUCACAAAAAUUGAGGUUCUUUAGCUUAAAGAGGUUCUGCUUCAUCCACAUCAAGUCCUCUGCCGUGUGUCUUAAGCCGAUGUAGCCCCUGCAUCCCUUGACUGUCCUUCUCCCAGCACAGGCAGCCCACAGAGAAUGCCUGAACACAGAUACCCCUCAGGCCAGAACAUGCAGGCAGACAAGGCUACAAGCACACACUGAAGUGGUUUACUGCUCCCAAAAUGAAAUUGCUAGCAACAUCAGUGAUAAGAGGAAGUCUAGUCAUGAGGUGGAAAAUGAUUGUAUUUCUGUAAGAGUUCCUGUUCUAUCAUGGGCAAAUGGGCUGAUGAAGGAACUCAUGAAUUGCCAUCAUUUAAUCUGCCACUAUCCUUUUCAUCAUUGUUCCAACAUUUGUCUGACUUUAUUUUCACAGAAAAUUUGAUAAAUGACCAAUAAAUGAACAAUAAAAAAAUUUACCAGAUUUAUUCUGGAUAAUUGAAAUGAUUAGAACAUUAUUGUUUGUAAAAUAAACUGGCAUGUCCAGCCAGCAUUUUUGUUCUUGCUAAUAUAAGAUUUUGUAGAAAUCCCAAUGAUUUGUAAAACCUUAUCAACUGUUUUUUUUUUUUUUUUUUUUUUUAAACUUCAGAACAAGAAAUUGUACAAAGUGAUAUACCGUCUUACAGUGCAUUCACUGUAUUUGUCUACAUUUUGGGUUUGCAGUUACAUGGCUGAGGUUGUUUGUGUUUUCAGACUUCACUGAAUGGCUGCCUGUCUAUGAAGAGCCCAGUACAAAUUAUUUAUUCCUUUAAAAACAAAACAAUUGAUGUUAAAAAAUGAACCAUAUUGAGUAUGUUGUGUUGCAACUGAGUUUGUGUGCUUGUUACCAUUCUACAAAAUGUUAUUUUGUCUGUUGAUAAAUGACUAGAAACAAAA